UUCAAUUUGGGGGAAAUUUAAAGCAGAAAUUGUUAACCCUCUGUAAACACCUUGUCCUGCAACUGGCUAGCUCUCGUAUGUUGUCAAUGCUCUGGUUUUAACGUUAUGAUUUAGUCGUAUAGCUAAACGUCUGUGCACUAAAGGUAUUUUACAUAUAAUUAACGAAGGACGGAGAAACCUUUUGAAUCGACUGUACGUGACCUGGAGGACCUUACUCGAGAUAAAGAAGAUUGGCUAACGACGGAAGCUCUUGAGGGAUUAACGUUAACGUUCUAAUAACGUUAACGUUAGCGAAACGAUGUCAUCCCAAAACACUUUGGCUUGUGGCAGAAAGGAGGAGAAAGGAAAAAAUAUCCAAGUGGUUGUACGAUGCAGACCGUUCAAUGCAGUGGAGCGGAAGUCCGCAUCCUAUGGAGUGCUGGAUUGCGAUCAAAAUCGCAAAGAAGUGGCCGUGAAAACUGGUGGUGUUACAGACAAACAAGCCAGGAAAACAUACACAUUUGACAUGGUAUUUGGACCAUCUGCCAAGCAAAUUGAAGUCUACAGAAGUGUACUGUGUCCCAUUUUAGAUGAAGUUAUGAUGGGAUACAAUUGCACAGUGUUUGCGUAUGGCCAAACUGGAACUGGGAAAACCUUCACAAUGGAAGGGGAGAGGUCUACUGAUGAAGAGUACACAUGGGAGGAGGAUCCUUUGGCUGGCAUUAUUCCUCGCACGCUCCAUCAGAUUUUUGACAAGUUGUCAGACAACAACACAGAAUUCUCAGUCAAGGUGUCUCUGUUGGAAAUUUAUAACGAGGAGCUGUUUGACCUUCUCAGCCCGUGUCCAGAUGUCACGGAACGGCUGCAAAUGUUUGAUGACCCAAGAAAUAAGCGUGGUGUUGUCAUCAAGGGCCUUGAGGAAAUUACUGUUCAUACCAAAGAUGAGGUGUACCAGAUUUUGGAAAGAGGUGCUGCCAAGAGGAAGACUGCUUCCACUUUGAUGAAUGCAUACUCCAGCCGGUCCCAUUCUGUGUUCUCAGUGACCAUUCACAUGAAAGAAGUCAACAUGGAGGGGGAGGAGCUGGUCAAAAUUGGGAAACUCAAUUUGGUGGAUCUGGCUGGCAGUGAGAACAUUGGUCGUUCGGGUGCUGUUGAUAAACGCGCCCGGGAGGCGGGCAACAUCAACCAGUCGCUGUUGACGCUGGGCCGCGUUAUCACUGCUCUGGUGGAGCGUCGCCCUCACAUCCCCUACAGGGAGUCCAAGCUCACCCGCAUCCUGCAGGACUCCCUCGGCGGCCGCACAAAAACCUCCAUCAUUGCCACGGUCUCCCCUGCCUCAGUCAAUCUUGAGGAAACAAUGAGCACCCUGGAUUACGCCAACAGAGCUAAAAGCAUCUUGAACAAGCCUGAGGUCAAUCAGAAACUCACCAAGAGGACCCUUAUUAAGGAAUAUACUGAGGAGAUUGAGCGUCUGAAGCGUGACCUUGCUGCCACCCGAGACAAGCAUGGCGUGUAUCUGUCAUCUGAGAACUACGAGAGCAUGAACAGCAAACUGUUGUCCCAUGAGCUGCAGAUUACUGAAUACAUGGAUAAGAUGACGGUCUUAGAAGAUGAACUGAAAAAGGUGAUGGAGAUGUUCUCGGACAGUAAGGAGCAGGCGGACCAGUUGACUGCGCUCCUGGAGGAGAUGAACCAGCAGCUGCAGGCGGCUCACAGGGACCUGCAGGAGACCCGGCUCAGGCUCGGUGAGGAGACCUUCAUCACGUCCAAGCUGAUGACCACCGAGGGAGAGCUGUACAGCACUGCAGACAAGUUGCUGUCCACUGCCGAUGUCAGCACAAAGGAUGUGUCCGGCCUUCACGCCAAACUGGACAGAAAGCGGGAAGUGGACCGGCACAACUCUAGAGUGCAGCAGAACUUUGCCCAGCACAUGGAGAACAGCUACAGCCAGAUGCAGCGAUCCCUGCAACAGCAGAGCAACGCCCACCAGAGCUUCAUGGAGUACUUUGGCACCACUGUCUCGGACCUUCACAAAGUAAACGGCAGGGCCCUUGAAGACGCUGUUUCCACAGUCAGCUCCUACAAGGCUGGAGUGAAGGCUGUUCUAGAGGAGAAUGUGGGCCAGUGUGUGACCAAGCUGGAGCAGCAGGAGAGCUUGAGUGUGGAGUCCAAACAGAACUUGCUGCACAUGCUGGAGGAGCACCAGAUGCAUUUAGAAGAGGCCCUGAUGGCACAGGCGCUGCCAACCGUCACUACUUUGAUGUCAAUGAUGGGGAACUUGACUGAGACUAUGGAGUGUCAGCGUGCUAUGAUUCAGAGGAUGGAAACCAUGAAGCGUGAGAUGACCUCACACCUCGACAAACAGGCCCAGGCGCUCUCUGAGAUGCGAGGUGCAGCCUUGGAGGGGUUCAGCUCUCUGAAGGCGGAGAUUGGGGACCUGAAAGAGCAGCUUGGUGAAGCUGACCAGACCCACAAGACUAACCUGUCCCAGCUGCUCCAGUGCCUGCAGGGCCAGCUGAGCCUGCUGUCUGAGAACACCCAGAGCAGCUUCCAGGGGCUGAUGAGCAGGACCGAGGCUCUGUCUGCUCCCGUCGACUCCCUACAGCAGGCUUUGCACACGAGAUGUUCAGAGGCUGAGACACAGGAGCGGUCCAGGCUGCACAGUUUUGAAGCUGCUGUGGACGGUUUGGUCUCGGAGACAAGCAGAGUGACCGAUGAACUGGCUGCUACUCUGGAGGAGUCUGCAGGGUAUCGCAGCAACCUCCAGACCUCUCUGAAGGCACUGGGGGAGGUGGCCAGCAACUGGUGCCACAAAGCCACAGAGCGUGUUGAGACUGCUGCCCAAGCCCAAGUUGACCUCACACAGGCCAAUAAAGAUUCCCUGCUGAGCCUGGCCCAGCCAGUGGAAACUCGGGGAGAGGCGUUGCUCCAGGAAACAGCAGACUGCUUCAGACGGCAUCAAACAGAGGCAAGCGGGAUUCUUAAUAAUCUCCAGGAUCAAACAGGCAAAGACAUGGCCACCGUUCAGUCCUCCAGAGAGGAGCUUUCGACGCGAGCAGCCCGGGCACUCCAAACGCUCCACAGCUUCCUGCGGGAGGAACUCAGGGAAGAUAUCCCCACUGGCUCCACUCCUCAGCGUAAGGAAUAUGACUUCCCUCGCGUGCUGGUAAGGUCUCGUGCCCGCGACGAGCUCAUCGAGGAGUUUCAUGCUCAGAUGGAGGAGCUUCAGGAUGAAUGUGACUCCCAAGACGAACCUGAGGAGGAGAUUAAAACUGUUGAUCAGGGAUCUACAGAGGAAGAGCUGGCAGCCUCUGAUGUCAGUGCGAUAACAGAGCCCUCAUUUGUUGACAUGAACAUCAUGUGUGACGAGAACAGCAGAGGGCCAUUUUUCAAGCAAAAGAGUAAUGGCAAGAAGAAGAAGAAGGAGGAGAACCGGAGAGCUCCCAGCAGCACCCCCAAAAAGCCAGAGGGUGACGUAGCAAAUCUGCCACGGUCCAAACUACCCCUCAGAUGUCAAAACUAGAAACACAAUUUUGUUGCAUUCUCAUUUCAAUCUUCUAUGUACUGUUUUUAGAUGUAAUAUUAUAUAUAAGGGUUUUAUGUGUUUGUCUUUUUUAUAUAUGCUGUUUUUCCCUCACUACGAACACCCAAGAUGUCUACCUUUUCUAAUUAGCGUUACGAUCUUAUUACACUCUGUUUUGGUUUUCUGAUUGUUGUUGUUGUCGUCGUUGUUAAUGUUAACUUUAGCACAUAGUUCAGGUUUUUGUAUUACUGUAGACUGAUGAAACUUAAAAUGUACAGGGAUUAUGUUCAGAGUGAGUGUUAGCAUGGUGGCACGGCUAGUAAGGCCUGUAUUUCACCGUAUGUCUGUGCAUGAAUGGGAAUGUAAGCACAUGAAAGUACAUAAAGUGAGCAUCUUAACACGGUCCAUACCUUUGUUUAUUUCAAUUCUAUAAUACACUUAAAUGCUUUUUAAACAUUUGCUUCAUAUUUUUAUACUAAAUGAAAUACCAUUGCUUAAUAAAUAAGAGAUAUCUCUGUGA